CCCUCGAUUUCGAAAGUUCCAAUUUUUUCUUAAAUUAUAAUUUAAAACGCGACAAACGAAAACAAAUUUACAAAUCAAACCAUUUUUAAAAUUGGUUGUUUAAAUAAUAUAUUCGUUUCUUUAUAUUUUUGACCCCAAACAUAUAUAUAUGUAGUAUAUUUGUUUCGCGUGAUCGAUCAAGAAAAAAAUAAAAUUUAAAUGUUUAGAAAUGCAGGGGGUGUGUUAGAGUUUCUGCCAACCACUCAAGCUCACGUUGCUUUUAAUAUUUCUUUAAAAUGUCUUUAAAAAUAUUGGUUUGCGGUGACGUGAAUGGUAAGCUUGAUGCUCUGUACGGGAGGGUGAGAAGACUGCAAAGUAAAGGGAAUAAUUUCUCGUUAUUGCUGUGCGUGGGUGAGUUCUUCGGUGCGAAAGAAGAAGAUCAAAUUUUAUGGAAGGAAUAUUUGGAGGGGAGGAAAAAAUCUCCAAUAUCAACGUUUAUCCUCGGACCUAACAUAAAAACCACCGAGUCAUAUUUUAUUGACUCAGCAGAUGACGGAGCGGAACUCUGCGAGAAUGUUACCCAUCUCGGGAAAAAAGGGAUUUAUACCGGGACCUCUGGUUUGAAAAUCGCUUACGUCAGCGGAACCCAGUCAACCGGAACGUCGACAAAAACCUCGUUUAGCGACGAUGACAUCAGAGGGUUGGCCUCGCAGCUUGGGGUCGGGGGUUCGGGGUACCAAGGGGUCGAUAUAUUGAUGACAUCAUCGUGGCCCAACGGGGUUUCCACAUUUGGGAAUUCCCCGUCAUCAGAAAAAUGCAAGUCAUGCGGGUCGGCUGCCAUUGCUGAGUUGGCGAAAUCUUCAAAACCAAGAUACCACUUCGCUGGGUUGGAGGGGGUAAACUACGAGAGGGUACCGUAUAGAAAUCAUAUUGUGCUUGCUGAACCGUCACGUCAUGUGACCAGGUUUAUAGCGCUAUCAAGUGUCGGGAACCCAAAUAAAGAAAAGUAUCUUUACGCAUUCUCAAUAUCCCCGAUGUCAUCGAUGACCCAGCAAGAAUUAAACACCCAACCACCAGAGGCGACAGAGAGCCCGUAUACAUCGGGAAACAAAACGAAGAAUAUUCCAGUUCUUUUGUCCGGGCAGGUUGCGGAUCAAUACAGGUGGAACAUGGAAACAACCCGAGCACCGAAACGUAAAUCGCAAAACAAUCCAAACCAACCUGAGCGCAAACACGCUCGUCCACAGGAUUGGUCGUGUUGGUUUUGCUUGGGAGGCGACAAGGUUGAGAAACAUCUUGUAGCGAGUGUUGGCGAACUUUGUUACAUAGCGAUGGCGAAGGGCGGGUUAACGAGCGACCACGCCCUGAUCCUCCCAAUCGCUCACCACUCGUCGUCCAACGAGCUUCCCGAUGACACUCGAGUGGAGGUGUUAAAGUACAUGGAGGCGUUACGUGCCGCGUAUAGAAGUGGGGGGAGGGAGUGCGUGUUCUUCGAGAGGAAUUAUCGGACGGAUCAUAUGCAGAUACAGGUGGUUCCCCUCCCACCAGGAGUGACAUCAUCACAAGUGAAGGAAUCCUUCGUCAACCUCGGAACUUCCAAUACGGAUCGUCACGGCAACCCGAACCCGAUAGAGUUUGUUGAACUUCCCCAACGUACCGACCUUAAACAGAUAAUUGGCCGGGGAAUUCCCUUCUUCCACGUUGAGCUACCUGACGGAACGCGACUCAUUCAUAAAAUCCAAAGAUAUUUCCCUCUACAGUUUGGAAGAGUUGGUUUGCCCACCCUGCCACCCCAGGUUUGGUGCCUAUUGAUUAGUCCGAAUAACAUAUAGUCACAAUAACCCCACCACCCAUUAAUAACAUUUACCCCACCACCUAGAGAAGCGUUAUGUUCCGCAUCGUUACUCAACUCACCCAAGCGUAUCGACUGGAGGUCAUGUGCUUUGUCAUGUGACCAGGAAACAGACUUGACCAAAAAGUUUCGAGAUUUUUUCAAGAAAUUUGAUUUUAGUCUUGAAGACGAAGAUUAGGUUUUGUCGACUUUUUAUAAAUUUUAACUUUUCUGGUUUUUAUCUUUUAUCUGUGAUGUCACAAUCGGGUUUUAAAUCGAACAAUCAAUCGAAUUUUAAAAAUAAAUAGUUGUCAUAGAAAA